CCUCUCUCUCUCUCUCCCUCCUCCAGGCAUCAUCAACCGCGGAGAUUCGUUCAGGCGACGCCGAUCCCGCAGCAACAGCAUCCAGCCCCCCAUGGAAGGCCCCAUCAGCGGGACCCCCCCAGGCGUGCCCUCCUCCCUUGACCUGGCCACGCCCCCCGAAACACCUGAUCACAGUGCCAACACGCCGAACCUCCAGCAGGUUGGCACCCCCGACAGCGAGCCGGGUGCCGAGUCGACCAUCUAUCGCGUGGCCAUCGUGGGUGCCACAGGCGUAGGCAAGACGGCACUCAUUCACCAGUUCCGAACCUCUGAGUGUAUAAACGCCUAUGACUGUAAUCCGAGUGAGUAUGAUCCAGCCAGUCAAAUACCCUCCGACGAAUCCGAACAGGUGGUGUCUAUCAUGCUAAACAACAUCGAGUCGGAAAUUGUCUUCGUAAACGUGGCAACACCGAAGGAUUUGCAGAACGAGGUGUCUCGGAAAUCGCCCCCCGAUGGCUGGCUCGUCAUGUACAGCAUCACAGACAAAGCCUCGUUCCAGCGGGCGGGGGAGGAGCUGGCCAAACUCCACAGCCUCUCGCUCCUCCGAGGACGAGCGGUCAUCCUCGCGGCUAACAAGUGCGAGCUGGUCCGUUCGAGAGCUGUCACUGUGGAUGAUGGGCGCGACCUCGCCUGCAGCUACGGAGGCAAGUUCAUGGAGAUCAGCGUUGGCAUGAACCACAAGUGUGAUGACCUCCUGGUGGGCAUUCUCAAUCAGCUGCGUCUGAAGGGGGAGGUCGAGGUCACCAAUGAGGAGGAGGCACCCAAGGAGAAAAGCUGGACCAGGAACCGCAGUUUGAUGAGAGCCUCCAUGAAGGCCAAACGGGUUAUUAACAGGAUUAUGGGGAAGACGGAAACCAAAUACAAGAAUUGCGAGGACUUCCAGAGCUAGGGUUGUGGCAGAGUUCAUUUUAGAUACUUUUUGGCUCUAUCAAAGAGCCGGACGGAUUAUUUCAUACUUCAGGAGGAUCCAAAGAGUGACCACAUUACUGGGGAAGCUACUCAUCACCAGAGCCACUAGAGCCACCUGAACACUGUAAUGUGAACAUCAUUAUCUACUUUGAAGACCUGUUCAGAUUUUUUUUUUAUGUAAUGAAAAAAAAAAGAAAGGAAAGAUUUUUUUCUCAUUCAUGACUUCUUUUGUGGAUAUAUUCAAAAGAAAGAAACAAGAAUGGAGGAACGUGUUCUCGUUCACGACUUCUUUUAUGCAUCUUUUCAGAAGGAAAAUGAAAGAUUUUGUUCAUAUUCAUAUAGCUUUUUUUGUUCACUAUUAUAUCUCAUUCUGGAUUUCUGUAAAAGAGUUGUUAAGUUCUGUUAGUUCAACUGCAGGUACUGUUCAUUACAUUCAGAGUCAUGUAAUAUCAAAAUGAAUGGGCUUUACACUGGAAAGAAAAAUCUUUGUGCCUAAAAAAAUAUUUGCAAAGGAAUACAUAUACAUUAAUGCAUAUCAUUAUUCACUAAUUGCCAGCAAUUCAAAUAGUUCAGCAUAUUGCUAUAAAGAUUAGGUUGAUAAAGCACAUAACCACUAUUAUUUCAAACUUCAAUAAAGGAUAUAGUCACUCCAUAUUCUAGUUACUGAACUAAUAAACAGGAUACCAGGGCUUGCUAAUUUUGUGCAGCAUAUAUGAAUCUGAAAGGAAGUGAGAACCUACGUCUUCUGGUCUCGAUAAAUAUAACUUUACUAUUGAAGCGUACAUGCUGAUUAUUUAUCGUUACUUCUAACUGCGUACUGAGUAGAGUAAUCAUAGUGAAGAUCUUUGUGCCUCAGAGUUGUUUUAAUCAGUUACAUUUUGAAUAUAUAUAAUUCACAAUACAACGCAAGUUACGUGAAAGCAGUAAACAUAUCGGUAUGUUAUUAUUAGUAUGAUUAUUAUCAUUAUUUUAAUAGUGGCAGCAUAAUGCUAUGAAUAGCAAAGAUACAAUGAAAUAACUGAAAACCUAAUAAUUCUGGAAAGGCCUUGUAUCAGUUUCCAGAUAAAAAAUAAUCAGAAGAAUAAUUCUGAUUUCAGUUGGACAUCAAAGCAAUUGGUGUUCCAGGUAUAUUUACACUAAUAACAAAGAUCAUCAACUUGUGUCAGGUGUAUCAGAGUGGGAACAUAAAAUGUGUGCUUGUCUGUAGGUCAGUUUAAAUUUGUAUACAUA